UCGAAACUUUCAUUACACAUAUCCUUUCAUUUUUACCGUGUGUCGAAUUUUUCCAAUUUUUCGUCAUCAAAAUUCAUUCGUAGAAUCGUCAAAAUACGAAAAUAAUUGCAUUUUGUCAGUGACUAUGUGGAAAAUGUUUUUAAUUUAUCAAUUACGGUGCUCGUUGUAGACAAAUUUUCCGUUCCAAUUUUCCUCGUUUCGUCUGUUCGAAUAGUUAUUUUUGCUUCCAUUUCAUUUAAAAGGAAAAAAUCGAUACUUUCGGUAGUGUUAAUGUAGGAGAUUGUGGUGUGGAUAUUGUGAAUUAUACGAAGAGUAUAAAUUAAGUUCAUCGAUCAACAAAAGAAAAAUGGUUUAAGACCCUAAGACAUAAGAAAAUCACAACAGUCUUCCAAAUAUAUCUAAAUUAAGAUUUUAGUGUAGGGAUAAAGUUAAAUUCUAAUUAUAAAAAGUCAAAAGUAGAAAAGAAAAAUUGAAUUCCGAUGGCAUUUUUGAAUAAAAUCCGAUCUCUACCGUUACCACCGGUAAAGAAUGUAUUGAAUGUGGCCAUGCAAACAGCUCGACAAAAUAUACCGGGGCAAAAUAAAAGUGAAUAUGAACAACCGUAUGGUCCACCGCCAGUUCCACCUAGGCCACAGAGUGUCCGAUUCGCCGAUCAAGAAGGUGCUCCCAUGGAAACUCAUGAGUUAAAUCCAUUUGGCAAUCCAAAUAACCCAAAUAAUCCGUUUGGAAAUCCAAAUGAUUACGCACAAAACGGAAGUCAAGGCGGCUAUGUGGCCAACACUUCAUUCGUUGAAUACGAUCAGGGAUAUCAGCAGGGCGGCAAUUUUCCACAUAGACAAGACAGUUUAGCAUCAACGGAAAGCUCUUUCGCAUGUGUAGCAGAAGGUGGAAGUGAGAAAAUAAAUGAAUUUCAAGCUGCUUGGAAUGUUACAAAUGCCAUCCAGGGUAUGUUUAUCGUCAAUUUGCCGUUUGCUGUACUCAGAGGUGGUUAUUGGGCAAUCGUUGCUAUGAUCGGAAUAGCGCACAUUUGUUGCUACACGGGAAAGAUUUUAGUUCAAUGCCUUUAUGAGCCUGAUCCAAAUACUGGCGAACCAGUUCGAGUACGUGAUAGUUAUGUUGCAAUUGCAAAAGUUUGUUUCGGUCCAAAAGUUGGUGCCCGGGCCGUUAGUAUUGCUCAAAUAAUUGAGUUGUUAAUGACAUGCAUUCUGUACGUUGUCGUUUGCGGUGACUUGAUGGCUGGAAUCUUUCCGGAAGGAGCUAUGGACUCAAGAUCGUGGAUGAUGUUCAUCGGCAUUUUCCUCAUACCGUUGGCUCUACUGAAGACCUUGCACAUGGUGUCAGUUCUAUCGUUCUGGUGUACGAUGUCGCAUUUAGUUAUCAACGCAUUGAUUCUCGGCUACUGCAUCCUCGAAAUCGGCGAUUGGGGAUGGUCGAAGGUAAAAUGGAGCAUCGACAUGGAAAACUUUCCGAUCUCGUUGGGCGUAAUCGUAUUCUCGUACACUUCGCAAAUCUUUCUGCCGACGCUGGAAGGGAACAUGAUCGACAAAUCGAAAUUUGAAUGGAUGCUUGAUUGGUCUCACAUUGCAGCUGCGGCGUUUAAGUCUCUGUUCGGGUACCUUUGCUUUCUGACCUUCCAAAACGACACGCAACAAGUCAUUACAAACAAUCUCCAUUCGACUGGAUUCAAGGGAUUCGUGAACUUUUUCCUCGUUGUUAAAGCCAUUCUCAGCUACCCGCUGCCCUAUUAUGCCGCCUGUGAAUUGUUGGAACGUUCGUUCUUUCGUGGUAAGCCGAAAACGCCUUUUCCAUCCAUUUGGGCACUGGACGGUGAACUGAAAUUGAUGGGCUUUGCAUUUCGUGUCGGUAUAAUCAUCGUAACGGUUAUGAUGGCUUGUUUCAUUCCGCAUUUUUCGAUUCUGAUGGGACUGAUCGGUAGCUUCACCGGGACGAUGUUGAGUUUUAUUUGGCCGUGCUACUUUUACUUGAAAAUUAAAGGCCACCUGCUGGACCAACAGACACGUGCGUACAAUUAUUUUAUUAUUGGCCUGGGUGUGCUGUUUGGUGUUAUUGGCAUUUAUGAUUCGGGUAAUGCGUUGAUUAAAGCGUUCGAAAUUGGAUUGCCGUUUUAAGGACGCAUCGGAAAUUAUUUGAAUUUGUUCGGACACAAGUUCAUCCGAUUCGUAUUGGUUUUCGAUAUUUUCUUGGCCGUUGAAGCUAUUCCCAGUUCACUUAAUGCUUGAAACGAAUCGAUUGUAACUUCCAGACCCGACAAAAAAUAUUUUUUAAUUCUGUUUUAAAUGAGGUUUUAUGGCAACAAAACGAUUGAACGAACCCUGAACUUAGGGUGAAUUUGUGAUCCACUUUGUUCUUUAUACAACAAGCUAAAGCCGCUACGGCUAACCUACUUAGCUUUCCACCGAAUUUAGUAUAACAAACAAGCCAGAGGUUGAUAAGGUCAACGUCAUGCUUCAAUUCGAAUUUGAUUGAUGGGAUUGAUGACGUAAUUUGCAUGAUGGACUUAGUGAAAACUUAAACAAAAGAAUUUUCACUAAGUCUGUUAUGCAAAUUACGACAGUGCAAUCCCUAGACAUUAAUAUAUCUUUCAUAGAUUGUCAUUCAGGUGUCGCCAUUAUUUUCGUGAAUUUAUCGAAUCAAAUUUAUAUUCGCAUAGAAUUGUACAACCAUCGUCAGGAUUGCCUGAAAUUAAGAGCAAUAGACCCUCUGCAAAUUUGUAGCCUACAUUUAGGCGGAAAAUAUUCGUUUUUUGAUGAUUUCUCUGAACCAAAAUCUUUUUUGAAGCAUUUUUGCGUUACUUUGAAAGGAAAAAUUGGUUUGUGGUUGAUGACUUAAUCCAAUUGGAGAAAUCUCUGCUAGUUAUAUAACUUUACACAAUCUGCAAGGGUUGUCACCCACAAACCAACUUUUUCUUUAAAAGUAACACAUUUUUGCGUGUUUUGCUUCAAUGGCUUUACUUUUUCUAAAAAAGAUUUUAAUUCAGAGAAAUCAUCAAAAAAAACGAAUGUUUUCCCCCCUGAAUGUAGGCACAAAUUUGCAAAGAGUCCAUUGCUCUUAACUCAAUUAGGAACGACUAUUUCAACCAUUUCAACGCAGAAUAUUAUUCUCAUCUAAAAGUUGAUCUACAACAUGUAUCUGAAGAUUUUUGUAUAGAAAAUUCAUUUUGUCAUACUAGUGCGUGAUAAUGCCGAGAGUAACAUGACUAAAGGGUGUAACUACCAUAUCUCUGAAAUUCCUCUGCCGAUUAUCACAAAAAAAAUUCCUGAAAGCUGGAGUUUUUUGUGCUUUUUGAGCCUCAUACAAAGUCAAUCCGACUGAUAGUUCGAAAGAUAAUGACUGACAAAUCCGUUGUUAUGCAUGAAGUGACAUAAAAAGGGUUUUCAAAUUGAAAAAUCAUCUCUGAAAUGUUUUACAACAUUUCCUGCGUUCAAGUCAGCAUAAAAUUGUUCACUACGCAGGCGAGAAAAUAUCCACUUUAUCACCUUCAGCUGAUACUCCGUGGUCGUUUGUUUUGAAAAACAUUGUGUUGACCGCGAGAAAAAAAGCUGUCCAAAAACAUCACCCUCAAAAUUUCCAACUUUUUUUUUCUCGCUGAACAAUUAGUUAUUUACAUGAUCUGGUUUUUACUAGGGUCGAAAGAAGCUUAUUACAACCCUUGGGAUGAAAAGUGAAUUGAUUUUAAGCUUACUAUUUUAAUAGCAAUAAAUUCUUAUAAACAUUUUGUUAUAUUGUGAGAUCGAUUGUCAUUCUUUUCGCCAACAACUUGUUUUAAUUAAGAGGAAUCAACACACCGCUAAAUUGUCGCCUAAAUUUGUGCG